CUGACGGCAACACAACAAAACGAAAGCCUCGCGCUCACACAUCUGGCGCCGAGCACGCUCACCCUUCGCCCUAGCGGCGGAACCAGAUCGUCGGCCACAGCCGCAAUCCAGGCCUGAUUGGUGGUGAUAACGGGUUUAACAACGUCGUCACUGUAAUUCGGUUCGGCUCCUCUCGAAUGCCGGAGUACGAUAAGUGCAAAACCGAGUCCCGUCAUGACAAAGUCCAGUCCUGCAUGGCCGUUUUCCGUCUCUCCAUGUCUAUCUGUCUGUCCUUUGCAUUCCGUCCCUGAACCAUCCCGUCCUGUGUAAAUGCAGGGAAAAUCCACACACACACAUACCCGCAAUGCCACCCGUUGAUACAAAACCCGGGGGGACAGACGAGCCACCCAUCACCGUCUCAGAAACCCCAACAUCACCACAUUCCAAACCACCCUCACGAACCCGCAAACUCUACCGCCUCCUAACAUGGACGCCCCCGAACUGCCGCUGGGACCCGUCCCACCCGCCCCAGUUCUCCAUGAGCAUGAACGUCCUCUUCGCCUUCGCCGCGGGCUUCACGGUCGCGAACUUGUACUACAGCCACCCGAUCCUGAACAUCCUCGCGCGCGACUUCGGCGUCGCGUAUGAAGACGUGGCGCAGAUUCCUACAGUGAUGCAGGCGGGUUAUGCGGCGGGGUUGCUGUUUUUGUGUCCGUUGGGGGAUUUGUUGCCGCGGAGGCCGUUUGUGUGUGGGCUUGUGCUGUUUACGGCGACGAUCUUCAUCACGGCCAUCACGACGGUUACGCCACAGCUCAUGCUGCCGCUGGUGGGCGACCUGGCGCCGCCGAAUCGCCGUGCGGCAGCGCUUUCUAUCGUCGUGUCGGGACUGAUGCUCGGUGUGCUGGUCGCGCGCGUGCUAUCCGGCACGAUGGCUAACUUCGUCACCUGGCGCGCCGUCUACUGGAUGUCACUCGCGCUGCAGUACCUGAUCUUCAUCCUACUCUGGCUAUUCAUGCCCGACUACCCCGCCACCAGCCCGGGGAUGAACUACUUCCGCAUCCUCUUCGACAUCCUGAAGAUGCUAUUCCGGCACCCAGUGCUCGUACAAGCCUGUCUAGCAGGCAUGUUCUGCUCCGCGCCCUUCACCAGUUUCUGGACAACACUCACCUUCCUGCUCGCGGGCGAUCCAUACCACUACUCCUCACUUAUCAUUGGACUGUUCGGCCUUAUCGGCAUCGCAGGCAUGCUGAUCAGCCCGUUCUACGCGCGCACAGUGACGGACCACUUCGUCCCGCAUUUCUCCGUCUUCUUCGGCCUGUCGUGCUCGCUGCUCGGCGUGUGUCUGGGGACGUAUAUCGGCCCGUUUAGCGUCGCGGGCCCCGUGCUGCAGGCGCUACUUAUGGAUUUCGGGAACCAGACUGCGCAGAUAGCGCAGCGGUCUAGUAUUUAUGCCGUUGAGCCGAAGCGGCGGAACGGCGUGAAUACGGCGUUUAUGGUGAGCACGUUUUGUGGACAGUUGAUUGGUACGGCGGCCGGGAACCAUAUUUAUGCUAGAGCGGGCUGGAUCGGCUCGGGCAGUACGAGUGUGGGGUUUACGAGUGCGGCGAUUCUGGUCAUGCUUGCGAGGGGGCCGUGGGAGCGGAGGUGGGUUGGUUGGAGCGGCGGGUGGGGGAUGCGGAAGAAGGAUCCGAAUAGUGCGGAUGGGAAGACGGCGGAGGGGUUUGAGCAGACGGGGAAGCAGGAUGAGGAAAUGGGUGCGCAGGAGAAGGUUUUGAAGGAGAUUGCUGCUGAGCCGGGGCAUGAGAGUCCGCUGAGUGGAAGCAGUGAGAAGGAGAGUGUGAGGAGUAGCAAGGAAGAUGUGAUACGUUCUGUCAAGGAUUGA